AUGAGGGACGGUGGCAACAUAACAAGACCAUGGUUCUUCCUUUGUGUUCUGCUUCUGUUCCAGCUGUUACACACCUCCUGUUUCUCUAUCGGAGGAGAUACUCUUUCAAUGGGCCAGUCUCUCUCAGUAAGCCAGACCCUUGUGUCUCAAGGUAGCAUUUUUGAACUCGGUUUCUUUACGAAAUUUACUACUACUUCACAUAACAUCUAUCUUGGCAUACGGUAUAAAAAUUUAACUGAGCAGAUCAUAGUCUGGGUAGCUAACAGAGAACACGCGAUGUUGCCUCCAUUGUCUUAUUCAAAACUUGAAUUCUCUAGAGAUGGUAAUUUAGUCCUGCUCACCAAUGUUUCUGGGAAUAUAAUUUGGUCAACAAAUUUUGUGUCACCAACACCAAAUUUUACUGAAGCAGUGCUUCUAGAUAAUGGAAAUUUCGUAGUCAGAGAUGUUAUAAAUCCAUCUACAAUCUAUUGGCAGAGUUUUGAUCACCCGACAGAUACUUGGCUGCCCGGUGCAAAGCUUGGCAUCGACAAACUCAUUGGCAAAACUCAAGUCCUAACUUCGUGGAAAAAUUCAAAAGAUCCUGCUCCUGGUAUGUUUUCAUUUGGGAUAGAUCCGGUCGAAAGAAAUCAAUAUGUUAUAGAGUGGAACAACUCCAAAAGGUAUUGGAGCACCGGAGUUUGGAAUGGUCAUAGUUUUGACUCUAUUCCUGAAUGGAUACCUAUUGAUUUCUUCAAUUACAGUUUUAUAUCAAAUGAAGACGGAAGUUAUCUUACAUAUUUUCCUUCUAAUAGUUCUACGCUAGCAAGAUUUGUAUUGGAUAUAUCUGGAACAUUCUUGCAGUUAACAUUGAUGGCUGGCAGUAUGAAUUGGUAUUUAAGAUUGCAGGAACCCCGGCAACUAUCUCAGGUUUAUGCUCUUUGCGGGGCCUUUGGCAUCUACAGUGACAAUCUCUUGAUCAACCCCUGUGAAUGUUUGCAAGGUUUUGAGCCAUUUUCGAUGCGAGACAUAAAGCUAGAUGAUUGGUCAGGUGGUUGUGUGAGAGAGACCCCAUUGCAGUGCCAAAAUGGUCAUUACACCAAUGGGUUAGCACAGAGAUUUUCAAAAAUUUCAGACAUAACAACAUUACCAGACAAUUCGAAAGUGCUUCCUGAUUUGAGCCUUGAACGGUGUGAAUCAGCUUGCGUGCAAAAAUGUUCUUGCACAGCUUAUGCUUAUAACAGUAGUGGGUGUUUAGUAUGGGAGGGGCCUUUACUGAAUCUACAACAACUCUCGAAUGGAAGCGACACUAAACAAGAUCUCUGUCUGAAACUAGCUGCUUCUGAGCUCCGAAAAGCUGGAGGUGACAAGAAGAACUUGUGGGAGAUCAUAAUAGUGCCAGUUUCGCUAGCAAUACUCAGUUCCGGUGGCUUCAUAUGUUGUUUAAUAAGGAGAAAGCUCAACAAAAUGGGUAUAAGCGGAGAGAAAGAUUCAGGUGGAGGAAAGAAAGAUAAAAAUAAGGAUUUAUUAUUAUUUGAUUUUAGUGUUAGUACAAAUGCAACUGUUAAAACAAACAACGGAAAUAAUCUUGAGAGAAACGGAAAGAAGGAUGUUGAGUUGCCAUUCUUUAGCUUUGCGAGUGUCUCGGCUGCAACGGGAAACUUCUCGGCAACAAAUAAGCUUGGCGAGGGAGGGUUUGGACCUGUUCACAAGGGUAAAUUACUCAGGGGACAAGAAAUAGCAGUGAAAAGGCUUUCUGGAAGAUCCAGACAAGGGUUCCUGGAGUUCAAAAAUGAGGCAGUAUUGAUAGCCAAACUCCAACAUCGGAAUCUUGUUAGACUCUUGGGUUGUUGCAUUGAGCAAGAUGAAAACAUAUUGAUCUAUGAAUAUAUGCACAAUAAAAGUUUGGAUUUCUUCUUGUUUGAUCCAAAUAGGCAAGGGAUAUUGGAUUGGACGACACGUAUUCGCAUCAUUGAAGGCAUUGCUCAAGGACUGCUUUACCUACAUCAAUACUCAAGGCUUCGUAUAAUUCAUAGAGAUCUAAAGGCAAGUAACAUUUUAUUGGAUAGUGAAAUGAAUCCAAAAAUAUCAGAUUUUGGUAUGGCAAGAAUAUUUUGUGGUAAUGACUCACAAGCAAACACAAAUCGGAUUGUUGGAACUUAUGGGUAUAUGUCUCCUGAAUAUGCAAUGGAAGGCCUUUUCUCAAUAAAAUCUGAUGUGUUUAGCUUUGGAGUAUUACUGCUUGAGAUUGUGAGUGGCAAGAAGAACAUUGGUUUUUAUCAUAGUUCCUCUUUUCACCUCCUUGGAUAUACAUGGGAGUUGUGGAAUGCUGGUAGAGGGAUGGAGUUGUUGGAUCCAAUAUUGGGAAGUCCUUCUUCUACAUCUACAUUGUUGAAAUACAUUAACAUAGGGCUUCUAUGUGUCCAAGGAAAUCCAAAUGACAGGCCUACCAUGUCUGAUGUUGUCUCAAUGCUCGGCAAUGAAUAUGCAUCUCUACCAAUACCUAAGGAACCUACAUUUUCUACAUGCCGACUUGUCGUGAACACAAAAGCAUCACUUAGCAAUGCUCAAUAUUGUUCAGUAAAUGUUGUAACACUUUCUGAGAUGGAGGCUAGAUAA